GAGCUCAAGGCCAGCCUGAUCUACACAGGACUGCGUAGUUUCAGAGAGCAAGCCCCAAAGCAGGGUUCUUCCACCGUCCUUGCCUCUGGUUUCUUGCUUGUUCCUGUGCUGACCCCCAUGGUGGGCUGUGACCUGGAAGUGUAAGAUGAAAUAAACUCUUUCCUUCCCAAGAUGCUCUUGGUUAGAAUGUUUUGUAGCAGCUGCAGAAAGCAGCUGAGGACACAGAGUUUGGGAGGAAUCAAGUUGAAUGGAAGAGAUUUGAGCGCACGAACGAAAGAAAAUGACCAUCAACCACGUCAGUCUCUGAGGUGGGUUGGUUAGCGCGGUAUCUGGGAAGGAGAAUCUAGGAGGAACCUAUACACUGUUAUUUUGGUUAGUUUUCUUAUGAUUAUGAUUUGAGAAAUGCCCUUAUCAGAUUAGCCUGUAGGCAAGCCCGUGGGACCUCUUUUUUGAUUGAUGAUUGAUGUGGGAGGACUUAGUCCACUGUGGGAGGUCCCACUGCUGGGCAGAUAGCUAUGGGGCAAACUGAGCAAGCCAGUAAGCAGCGUUCCUCUAGGGCCUCGGCUUGAGUGCCUGCUCUAGGUUCCAGACUUGACUUUCCUCAGUGAGGGAUUACGGCUGCAGACUGAAAUAAACCCCUUUCUCCUCAAGUUGCUUUUUAGUUAUGAUGCUUAUCACAGUAAUAGGAAGCAAACUAAGGCACUGCUAAACCUUCUCAGGAGUUGGUGUUUCUGGAAAUUUGAUGAGUUCUCAACAACCACAAAAACCCAGUAGGGUAAAAGAGAAACCCUACGGCUAGCAGAUACGGCAGCACAUGCUCGCCAUCCCGGCUCUUAAGUGCUGAUGCAGGAGGACUUUGAAUUUGAAGCCAGCCUGUUCUACACAGCUGGAACUUGUCUCGCCAAAGAAAUGGAGCUGGGCGUGCUGACUCACACCUGCAAUAGCGCUGGGGAGGCGGAGGCAGGAGAAUCAGGAGCUCAAGGCUACCUUUGGCUAAGAAGCGAAUACGAGGCCAGCCUGGGUAAGAUGACAGUUCCCUCUCCAAGCAAAAACUAAAACCAAACAAACCCAAACCCAAAGGCUAAACAGAGAGAAAGAAUAUAGAAAAAUAACCCUAAACGCAAAGCAGAGAAUGAUGGGAACGUUGGAGUUGCAGAGAUGUGUUGUCUUGGAAACCGCUCUGCAGUGUUGUCAUGGGAACCAGAGGGCCAUGUGUUGUCAUGGAAACCACUCCUCUUAUGGAUGCUUCAGAACUAUUUUUAAACCCUCUGGCAAUCAGUGUAGGUUCUCAGUGUGAGAUCCGGCAGGCAACUGAUUCCACUAAGGACAUGUAUAUAAUAUAUAAGCACACACAUAUAAAGUUUAUAUGUAUAUAUUUUCUACAUGAAAAAUAUUUAUUUUUUUAAUUGAGAUAGUUUCCCAAAGCAUAGGCUGACCUCAAAUUUGAAAUACAUCCAAGGACAACCCACCUGCCAAGGGUUUACAGGUGUGCACCACCAUGCUGACUUUUAAGUAAUUAAUUCUUUUGCGACAGUCUUGUUAUAUAGCCAUGAGUGGCCUGGCACUUGAUCUGCAGACCUAGCAAGCCUUGAAUUUUCUGGGAUCCUCAUGCCGAGAAAACAGGCAUGCACGACUAUGCCUGGCUUUAUAAACACAUCUUAAUUUAUUGACAUUCACAAUUUUCAUUUUAUUUAAUGUGCAUAAUUUUUUACCUGAAAAUAUAUAUUUUUUAACCUGAAAAAAAAUAUACCCUGUGUAUGCCUGGUAACCAAAGUGACCAGAGGAGCGAGUCAGAUUUUUUGGGAGUUGGUCUUACAGAUGGUUGUGAAUCACCAUGGAGAUGGACCCUGGCUCCUUUUCCAGAGCAGCCAGUGAGUUAUAACCAUUGAGCAAUACCUCCAGUCUGAUAAACACUUUUUUUCUCCUCUGAGAAAAAGUCUCACUAUAUAGCAUUGGCUGGCCUGGAACUCACAGAGAUCCACUUGCUUCUGCUUCCUACGUUCUGGGAUUAAAGGCGUGCGCCACCGCUGCCUGGCAAAUUUCUUUCUUACAUACUGCAACCACAUAGAAUGACAAACGAAGCCAAAAUUUUGGGCUGGCAAGAUGGCUCACUGGGUAAAGUGUCCACAGCACGAGCCUCUGACCCGAGUGCGAUCCACUUGGUAGAAGGAGAGAACGGAUUCCAGCAAGCUCUCCUCUGACAUGCGUGCCUUGGUAUGUGCACAUGUGCACUCAUACAUGCAUGGCUUGCACCCAUAUUAAUAAAUGAGAUCGCUUUGAAAUACAGAGGAUUAGAAAUGCGACUUCCUCUAACCCCACAUUUCAUUGAGCAGCGUAAUUCCAAUCAUUUUUGUUUUUGUGUUUGGUAGUGUUGUUUGCUUGCCCUGUGUGCUUGUGCUGGCCAGAGGUCAAUGUGGGAAUCUUCUCCAAUUGUUCUCCACUUUAUUUAGAGACUGGGUUUCACUAUGUAGCGAAGGUUGACCUAGAAUUUGCUAUGUAGACCAGGCUGGCCUCAAACUCAGAGAUCUUCCUGUCUCUGCCUCCUGAGUGCCGGGAUUGAAGUCAUGUGCCACCACUGCCCAGCUCACCAUGAAUUUUUGAGGCAGUGUCUCACAGUGGUCUGGAUCCUGCUGUUUCUGGCAGAUUGGCUGAUCAGGGAACUCUUGCUGUUCUUCCUGUCUCUGUCUCCAGUGCUGGGAUUAAAGGCCCAUGAUGCCACACCUCACUUCUUUCAUGGUUGCUGGGGAUUUGAACUCAUGAACUUACGCUUGCGCAGCAAGUACUUUAUCCACUGAGCCAUCUUCCUAGCCCUCCAGUGUUAUUUUUUAUGACCGUCUUCCAACCAUUCUUAGUCUACUGGAGAAAUCUCAGUUUCUGGGCCACAGAAUUACCUUCUUUGUAGUUAUUUGUGAUAUGGUUGGUUAAAUUCAGACAUAACCCUAGUCACAGGAAAUUUCGUCUUAGGCACCUCAACUAUAGUGAAUGUCGUGAGGUAAAUCGUUUUCUUUCUUUCUUCUUGUUUGCUUCCGAUUUCUUCAGCAGUGCUGAGAUUGACUCCAGGGGCUCCAAAGUGUUUUGCCACUGAGGUAUCCGGAGGUUUAAACAUACUUAUUUAUUUAGUUUACACGAGUGAGUAUUCUACAUAUAUAUAUAUAUCUGUGCACCACAUAUAUACAGGGUCUGCAGAAGCCGGAAGAGGGCACUGGGUUCCCAGAGCUGUAAUUAUAGUUGUGAGCUGCCAUGUGGGUGUUGGGAACCAAACCUGGCUACUCUGGAAUUCUCCAGUGCUAACUACUGAGUUAUCUUUCCAGCCCUGAUUACUUUGUACUUUAGCACAACAACAACAACAACAACAACAACAGCAGCAGCAAAUUAUAAAAGUUGCCAAACAUGGAGGCACAAGCCUUUAAUUCUAGCACUCAGGAAGUAGAUAAAGGUAGGUUUCUGUGAGUUCCAGGCCAACAUAGUCUACACAGAAAGUUCCAGACCAUCCAGGGCUGCACAGUAGGACCCUGCCGAGGGGUUGAGGGAUACAUACAUACAUACAUACAUACAUACAUAUAUGUAAAUAAAUAAGUAUAUAUUUGUAUAUAUGUGUGUGUAUACUUUUUUAAAAAGAUAUAUUUAUUUAUUAUAUAUAAGUCUUCAGACACACCAGAAGAGAGCAUCAGAUCCCAUUACAGAUGGCUGUGAGCCACCAUGUGGUUGCUGGGAUUUGAACUCAGGACCUCUGGAAAAGCAGUCCGUGCUUUUAACCACUGAGCCAUCUCCCCAGCCCAUGUGUAUAUAAAUUUAAAGAGACAAAAGUAGUCGGUGGUGGAGAAAUGGCUCUGGAGGGAUGCAGAAUGUGGACUUUUUGCCCAAAUGGACACCUGAGCAGCGGUCACAGCGGUCCCAUCUUUUCUGUCUUCCACAUUAAGCCUGAUUGCAGAGCCCACAGCAGGCCAGGAUGAUGCUUAGCAACCAGUAGACUGUUGCCAUGGAGACCGCCGGGGAUGCAGAUCUGAGGCCCUUGUGCAGGAAGCAAGUGCGCAUGAGCCAUCUUCAACUAGCUAGCUCCGUGCAGCCUAGGGGAUCAAAGCUGUGUGACCCGUGCUGGCUGGAGUAGGCGUCCUUGCUCUUUGGGGCCAGAGCCUGCGCUUGGGAAGCAACUGUGCUCCAGGCUCCUGUCCUUGGCCUGGAUGAACCGUCAGAAGUGGGGGAGGCCAGAACAUCCCUGUGAACCUGUGGAGUGCUAGAACCGGCGAGGGCUGAUUGCACCAUAUUUGGGACACGUGAGCACCAGGGGCUCAGGCUGGGAAGGAUUCAUAUUUGGGGACCGCCUUACCUCCACCAUCUCCCUCAUAGACUCUGUUCCACGCAUAGGUAAAUCAGGAAGAUGUCGGAGCCCAUGGCCAUGAACCUGCUGGAGGAUUGGUGCCGGGGCAUGGGAAUGGACAUCCACAGGUCCCUGCUGGUCACUGGUAUCCCUGAGCACUGUGGCCAUGCAGAAAUCGAGGAGACCUUGAAUGGGGUCCUCUUGCCACUGGGCACAUACCGUAUACUCAACAAAAUGUUUUUGAGGCAAGAGAAUGUGAAGGCUGCUCUAGUUGAGGUUAGCGAGGGUGUGAAUCUAAGCUCCGUACCCCGGGAGUUCCCAGGGAGGGGCGGUGUCUGGAGAGUGGUCUACAGGGACCCCACCCAGGAUGAUGAGUUUUUAAAAAAUCUGAACGAAUUCCUGGAUGCUGAAGGACGCACUUGGGAGGAUGUGGUGCGCCUCUUGCGGCUUAACCCCAACCCACCACUCCCGAAUUCAAACCAGCCUCCACCAAACUGGGCAGAAGCCUUGGGGUUGCUCCUGGGCGUGGUAGUACAGGUCAUCUUCUACAUGGAUGCUGCGAUCCGUAAUCGGGAGGAAGAAGCGAGGGCUGAGGAGGCUGCUGAGGCUGAGUUGAUGGAGGCUUGGGCUUCCACUGCGAGGAGGAGAGUAAAGAAGGAACCCGGGCUGGGCGUAGAAGUGGGCUCGACUUUCAAGAUGGAGGACCGAAACCAUUGGAAGAACACAGAGGACCAUGGUGAGCCUCCGAAGCCUCUAGUUCGCAGGGCUGGAGGUAAGAUUCGCUCCAGGAGAAGGAAACAGAAAAAAAAUCCUAAGCAAGAACCAAUAUGCUGGAGAAAACCCCAAGGCAGCAAUUAUAACAAGUCUAAUUUGGAAGCUGGUGAAGCUACGGCUACCCAAAGCUCAGAGGUCUCAGAGUCUGCGAAGAACAACAAAAACCCCUUUGUGAAGCAGGAGGAGACAGUUUGGAAGAAGAAAAGAGUCUGGAGGGAUCCCAACGAUUUUCCUCGGAGUGCGCUGCCCACAGCUGACAGCCCCGGGAAUCUAGAGGAUUCAGAUCAAGAUGGUGGACCUGAGAACCCCCCAAAGAAGAAAGCCAUGACCUGGGCCUCAAACAGGAUCCCUGCCCCCAUGAGGAAGAAGAAGAAGAUGAGCUUGGGUGCUCUCUCCUAUGUCCUGGUUGAUUCUGAAGCCACCAAGAACAAGACGGUGAUUCCAAAGAAAGGGCCUGGAUCUACAAGGUCGGUGUCAGUUCCUCAGGGGACCCAACCUGAUGAUGCACUGGCUUCAACAUCCAGGGCUCAGAAGACCAAGCCAGGAGGCCUCCCUCGUGUCUCCAAAGAUUUCAGGAAGCUAUGAUUUGAGGAACCCUGUUGCCAAGGAGGUGGAUGAGCUUCAAGGAAGAAGUAACAAGUUGGAAGCGGACUUUUUCUCUGUGGUUGACUGAACUGCGACUGUGGACCAUUGGGGGGCCCGUAUGCACGUGUGGGUCUGAUCCACACUGGCAACAAUGUAAGGCCUUAGGUGGGGGAUACUGUUCUGGAGAGACUCUUUCUGUGUCUUUUCCUGAGUUGGAGCUACUUUUCAUCUCUGUACACCCUCAAAGGUGGACAAGGUAAUUAGUAGCCUUGGGAAAUUCUAGAAUGUUCCUUCCCACAAGGCAGCUCCUGGUAUUGCGUACCCACACUUAGCCUUUGUUCUCCUCUAUCCCCUGCUUUUUCCUCUGGAGGCACAGCCUACCCGCACAGCCUGACGUCCAGGAGGGCAGGCAGACAUUUUCUCUUACACUACAUGUUUGGUAAGUCGGACCUUGCUCUUUGAAGCUCAAUGUGUGCGUUCUUCAUUGUUUGCCCUCCAGCAGCCUAAAUGGAAUUGAGGUCCCGAGAGUUAGUUCUGGAAAAAAACAGAACAUCUGCCUGCCCUUGAAUCCUUCAGUUUUCAUUGUCUUUAAAGAAAGCUAGGGGCAGGAAAGAUGGUUCAGUGAAUAAUAGGUCUUGUGAUACAAGCAUAAGGACCUGAGUUCUAAUCCCCAGGACUCAUGUAAAAGUCUGACAGUGCCAGUAACACCAGCAUCAGGUAGGGCAGACAAGUAGACCCUAAGAGCUUGCUGGCCAGACAGCCUAUCUGAAAUAGUGAGUUUCUGGGCUGGAGAAUCUCCUAGUGAGGGGCUGGGGGCGUGGCUCAGUGGUAGAGCCCCUGCCUAGAAUCCCCCAGUGAGGGGCUGGGGGCGUGGCUCAGUGGUAGAGCCUCUGCCUAGCAUAUGCAAGGCCCUGGGUUCCAUCUUAAAAACCAAUAAAAAAACAAAAUGGAAUAAAAAUGGCACUUUAGUUCCCAAAUGAGCUGACUUCUGCCCUCUGAAUUUAGUGCCAUUAAAUCUGACCAUGCUGCCCUGUCUCAUUCUAUGUGCCUGUGAAAGAGAGAGAAUGGUGUCCCCUCACCUGUGGUUUCAUGUUUAAAAGCAAGAAAGAGAGGCUUCAGAUAUGGCUCAGUGGGAAAAGGGGCUUGCCAUUAAGCCCGAGUCCCUGGGUUCAAUCCCCAGUACCCACAUUGUGGAAAGAAAGAGGUAAUUCCUGAAUGUUUCACUCUGACCUCCACUUUUAUUCCGUGGCACGAGCAUGGCCCUAUAAAUAAAUAUAAUUAAAAAAUUAUGUGUGAAAGAA